CGGCCAACGAUCGAAGCGGCGUGAAAGGAAAGCAGGAGUUGCCUCAGGAAGGAGUCACGAAGGAGUUUCUGCCGAUAAGACCGAGCAAGAAUCCCCUAGAAAGAACCGAAGACAGUGGCGGAUACGCUACGCUAGCGGUCGAGUGUCCAGGGUGCGACUUUCCGACGAUCCAGGCGCACCACGAUGGCGGAGGUGGCGACCAAGAAGUCGAUCAACGUCGUAAGUAGCAAAAAGAGCGAGGUGUGUAGUGUUCAAUCUAACAACGGUUUGAUCCAGUUGGAUAACUUAACCGCGAGUAACAAGCAACUAAUCUCGUUGUGUGACAACAACGACGACGAGGACGACCUAAUCCUGACUAACAACACGCGUAACGAGUUGGACACCGACGACAAGAGUCUUCAGGAAUUAAUCGAGAGCGAGCUAGCCUUGAGAAUUUGCUCCAGCACCGAAGAGGAGGCCGGUAUCGAGUCUGACGAGCAACAAGAAACGAUGAACGAGCCAGAAGCGGUCAAGAGGAUCGUCUUGGAUAUACAUCAGGAGGAGGACGUCCUCGAUGUAAACGCGAAAUUCAUCGUGGCGGAAACGGAACAUUCCGCGUUGGUCGACAAGUCGUACAGUUAUCAAAAUGGUCACAUGUCACCGGAGACGAAAAUCUCGAAUUCUUCGUACGAGGAGAAGGUGAAGCCAGAACCGAUCACAGGUUUUCGGGACGAGGAGGAGGAGGAGCAGGAGCAGUCGGAAGUUGGUAGCGCGAUAUUGGUCGAAGAAACAACGACUCGUGAGAUCGAUCAGCUGGCGCGUGACACGUCCAACGAUGGCAAAUUCCCGCAGAACGAGGACGACGAAGACCCGCGUCCAAAUUAUCCCGUCCUUCGACCCACGGAGGUCACCGAGAGGCUAUCGGAAGUGACGACUACGAACCAGGAAUCGUUCGAGUCGUCUUACGAACACGAGCAAGACCAGGUAACCACAACCGUGUCUGCGAGUUACGCGGACAAGUACCAACAAGAGCAAGAGGUUCAGGGCAUGAUCUUCGAAUCUACGGAAACAGAUAUCGUGAAAGACGCUGUAACGAUGGAAGAGAACCGUUCGCGAAAGAGAGACGCGAUUGACACGUGGUCAGAGCAGAUGGUCGAUACGGAGGAUCGACAAACUGGUCAGUUUUCUGAUAAUUUCGAUCAGUCCUUGUGUCAGGAGGACGUAGGGCCUCGUACCACCGAAGAAUUCGCCAAAGAAACCGUACCGGAGAGUAAGAAACUAGCUGAUACUUUCGAGCUUGUAGACAGUGAGCGUGACAGGGAAAGGGAGGAGGUGAAAGAGUUCUCGGUGGACGAGGAGUCGAAGGUAUCGGCGAACGAUAAAUCUUCCUCCUCGAUGGAGGAGAAAAUUCCCGAAGAUGUCGAGGAACUAUCCGUUCCAGGGAAGCCGAUCGAGGAAUCGGAAGAAGAGGCCCGAGGCACGCCGACGAUGCAGUUCAGAAGCUUCGACGACGUAACGUUGAGCCACUCGGAAAGCUCGGCAGAUGCAGCUAGUACUCAGGAGUUCCUGGACACGGAACGUCGAGUGCUAAGCGAAGAAAAUUGCGACCAAUAUCUUUCAGAAGAUAUUCAGGCUCGCGAGACCCUGUCGACCGAAAAGAUCGAUCCUUCGAUUGGGAAUUUGCUGGAGGAAGAGGAGGACCAGGAGGAGGAGGAGGAGGAUGAGGGGCGAAUUAAGGAGGAAGAAACGAAAGAGGAAGCAAACGAUAACAUGGACGAGCAAAACGCGAUAACGGAAUCGUCCAGCGAACUGUCCGUAUCGGAGCCCACUUUCAUCGAGAAAACAGAAGUGGUGAUAUCCGAGAGCAGCGUGAAGAUAGUCUCCGAGACGCAGUGCCUCGAGAUCGACAACGACGCGGAACCAGUCAACGAGGAACAACUUCGAAACCACGAGCUCGAGUCACCGGCUCGCGCACCUCUUGCAACCCCCGACGACGAGACCAGCGACGUUUCUAACGUGGGUGACAGCGAAAGCCGAGAGGAAACGAUAACAACGAGCACGAGCGUGGUGACCUCGCCGGGCACGAAGGUUGGUACCAAGACGAAGAAGAAGAAGAUCGAGGGCGUCGCCGGUAACGAUGCUUCUCCGAAUCUCACUCCUCGCACAAAGAAGACCAAAAAGAGCAAGAAGAACGAGCUUGAAAAGGAGAACAUCUCUGUGAAUUCUAACUUGCAAGAGCCGAGCAUGCACCCCGGUCCCCGGCAGACGAACCCGGAAACCCUUGAUUUCUCCGACGAGGACGAUCUAUCGAACGUGAACGUGAAAUCUCUGACACAGAAUUAUGUAUCGGAGGCGACUCGAAACGAGCAAGAUCGAUGUACGAAGGAAAAGAUCGCGACUGGCGUGUCGAUCAAACAGUUGUGUCGUAGCUUUGGCGACAUCUCGAACAUGAGCGACGGCGAUCAGACUGCGUACGGGAAAACCAAUCACGCCAUGGACACCGAAGAGAAAGCAAGGUCGCUGGGUGAUCUGCGAGUAUGCGAGAAGGGUUACUCGAAGUUCACCAAAGACGCGCUAGUCUUCACCGGGGUGUCGGUCAAGGCCCUCAGGGCUUCCUACUGUAGUUUGGCAAACUUAACGAGCGAGGGUAAGGACACGGAUCGACCGAAGCUCGAGAAGUCGAGCUUCAAUAAAUUCGACGCCCUCAGCAAGAAGACGGUGCUGCAUGUGCGUUCGAUCGACGCGGGCAAAGUGCAACAGCAGCUGAACGCCGUGGGUCAAAACGGCGACACGAAUCCCAAUUGCCGUAGCUGCGGCAAGGUCGUCUUCCAAAUGGAACAGACAAAGGCCGAGGGUCUAGUUUGGCACAAGAAUUGCUUCCGGUGCGUGCAGUGUAGCAAGCAGCUUAACGUGGACAAUUACGAGAGCCACGAGAGCACGCUUUACUGUAAGCCACACUUCAAGGAACUCUUCCAACCGAAACCGGUUGAAGAGUCCGACGAGCCUGUGCGACCUCGAAAGCCGGAGCUGAUCAUACGGGAGAACGAGCCGAAAGAGCUGCCGCCUGAUGUGGUCAGAGCCUCAGACAAACCGGACCUGGGUCUCGAGGAGUUGUCGAGCCUGAACGUGAAGUCCCGGUUUCAAGUGUUCGAGAAGGCCGGCACGGAGACCAACGAGAUCGAAAGGUCGCCGUCGCAGAUCGCUGUCAAGAGGUCUCCCAGUAUCUUAAGCAAGCUCGCCAAAUUCCAAGCCAAGGGCAUGGAUAUCGGAGUAGCGGACGAAUCUCUGAACGGAAUCCCUUACGAAGAGUCGAGCGAGAGCGAGGAGGAAGAAGAAGCGGAGGAAACGGAGGAGCUGGACAGCGAGAUCGUGAAGGCGAAACGCGCGACCCGCGAGCGUCCGAUCAGCUUCACAAAAAUGGACGACAUAAAGAAUCGCUGGGAGACGACCAGUCAGCAAGGGAGACGCGAAGUACAGCGGGAGGCGAGGAAGGAGGAGAUCGCUGGAAUUCGUUCGAGAUUGUUCAUGGGCAAACAGGGUAAAAUGAAGGAGAUGUAUCAGCAAGCGGUAGCCGGAAGCGAACGCGUGACGAAGAUCAAUGCGGCCGAGGAGAUCCAACACUCGACCCACGCUCGUUCCAUCAAAGAACGAUUCGAACGAGGCGAGCCCAUCGCUGCGUCCGACGACGAGACGGACAGCAAACCGAAACCGGAGAAGGCUGACGAGGAAGUGAUCGCAGCAGGGAUCAGCAGGAAGUCUCGGUCGCUGUUCCUCGAACUGGACGCCACGGCGGCGAAGACUGGGCGACCGGUGACUCCGGUGAAUCCGAAGACACCGGCCGAAGCCCCACGACGUGCCAGAGACGCAUUCAUGGGACGACAAGUCUCGGAUGACGUGGUGCGCAGCUCGGACACCACCGAGGAAGUUCAGGUGGAGACCUCGGACAUUUCGAAUAAAUUCAAAUUUUUCGAGUCCUACAAGGAACCGGAAAAACAACGCAAGCAGUUCCGAAUUACCCCUCCGCGCGAUGGUCAAGUUAAGAUGGACUCCCCGGAACGUGAGAUCUAUCGUGACCCGGACGUAGUCAGAGCUGAAGACAGGGUAAACGAAGUGGUGCACACGGACACCGCCAGAAAGAUGCUGUCGAUCUUCCGGCAAAUGGAAGAGAACGCGUGCAAGAAAGAGCUUCCAAAUGGACCCAAACCUUUGAAACGUUUCACACCACCACCAGAGGACAAAUACGCGAAACCAACAGCCUCGGACUCCGAAGAGGUAGAGGACGAAGAUGGCGACGAGUCCGAAGGUGAAGACAGCACCGAGGAAAGGGAUCCAAACUACGUACGAGCUUCCGACAAGGUAGAAGACGAGUUUCUGAAGCAAGCGCAGAACGCAGCCCGCGCAAAAACCUUGUGCGCGAAAUUCGAGCACUGGGAGGAAACGGACGGAAAGACGACGUCGAGUAAUCAACAUAUCGCGGAGAUGGAAAUUGCUCAAAACACCACCGGAGAACAGCAGAGCAUAGAGUCUGCCAGCAGUCUGAGAGCCCGUUUCGAGUCGCUCGGCUCGCAAACGAACGAGUCGCCGCGCACACCGAAGGUCAAAGUCAAUCGAUUCGUGGAGAUUCAAGCGAGCUGUACGGACGUGUGCGAGAGCUGCGAAAAGAAAGUGUACCCCCUAGAAAAAGUGGAGACAAAUAACAAAAUAUUUCACAAACAGUGCUUCCGGUGUCAGCAGUGCAAUUGCGUGCUAAGGAUGGACACGUUCACCUUAAAUAAUGGUAAACUCUACUGCAUCCCGCACUUCAAGCAGCUGUUCAUCACACGAGGAAACUACGACGAAGGUUUCGGCGUCGAUCCACACAAGAAUAAAUGGACGACCAGCUCGAGCAAUCCGACGAGUCCAUCGCCGAUCGCCGUGUCGAACGGCGAUCUUUGAUUUCUCGCGGAUUCUCGCGUGUUGUAAUUAAAAGAAGAAGGGAGAAAACGAUGAAACAAAAGCCCCCGGCGGCUAUACAACUGCUGUUUAUACGAACGAAGCAAGAUCCGAAUUGGUCGGGCAGCAGCAGAGAAAGAUCCAUGGAUACUUGAAUUUUCCAAAGACAACUGCCGCAUCCACUUGCGAGUCGAUCAAACAGACCGCGAAUCGUUUUUAGAUUCCUUUCGAAUUAUGUAACUAAUCGCGUCCUAAUCACGUUAUUAAUCGACAAGACUCGCGACGAAGAUUUCAUUUCGUCUAUCGUCCUCCCUAUUUCCUUGCUGUCAUUUUUAAGUAUUUUAUUUUUUAGACUUGUAGACACCCCUAUUUGCCAAUGCCCUAUUUUAAAUUCCGCUUAAAUAUUUGUUACAUUUAUUAAAAUUAUUAUUAUUAUUAUUAUUAUUAAUAUUAUUAUUAUUUUUUACUUGUAUAACUCUUGGUAUUAUUUUAUUAUAUAUGUUGUAUAAUACAGAAUUUCAUUGCGCUUUAUAAAA